AUGGCUGCCCACAACCGCAGCUUUGCGGCGCGCAUCGCCUCCAUGGGCUCCAUGACGUCCAACAACACGCGUAUGGAGUCUUGGGACGACGGCGACUUCGACGACCAGUCCGACGACUUCCUCUUCAAGAACACGGCACAGUCGCAAUCGUCGCGCAUGAGCUUGAGCGCGCGCUCCGAGGCCGAGUCCAACGACGACUGGCAGAUCCUCAUCACCCCAAACGACGAGUCCUCAACCACCCAGGCCAUCACCUCGGCCGCAAAGCAGGCGGGCAUCCCCAUCCCCACGAGCGUGCCCUCAUCCGCCCUCCUCGGCGGCUCCAUCAAGCGCCUGGGCAAGAAGAAGUCGAGCAAGAAGAUCGAUGUCGACGAGGACUGGGGCAACGACCUCGAGCUGCCCAGCAAUGUAGCGGGCGGCCUGAAGCUCAAGACGCCCGUCGAGCGUCCGCCCGCCGACGACAAUGAUGAAGACUUUGACUGGGGCGAGGGCAGUCUGGGCAUUCGCUUUGCUGGCACGCGUCGCGAGGCUCGCGGUGCACGCAGCUCGUCCGUGUCCGCCAUGAGCCCCAGCCUGGGCAGCUGCAUGACCCUGGAGAGCGAGGAGGACGAUCUUAACGGCAUUGUGAUCCCCUUUGAGCCCCUCGACUUCAAUGCGCGUCUCGAGAAGCUGAAGAAGUCACAGCUGUUGCAGCAGCAGCAGCAACUACCCACACUGGAGGACUCGCCUCUCCUCCAGCCACUUCAGCUGCAGCUCCAGACUCAGUACGCCCCUCCUCCGACCUCUGCCCCGACUUCAAUCCCAGUCGACGCUUGGCCCACCUCGCCGGUCGAGACGGUACCACCACAGACCUUUGACCGUCCUUCGGCAGCAUCACCCAAAUCCAAACCCAAGCCCAAGCCGGCCGCGGAGGAGGAUGAUUUCAUGGACGGUCUCGAUUUGGGUGAGGGCGAGGUGUUCGACGAUCGAAAGCUCACCCUCAACCGCAACGUCGUCGUCAAGAAGCCCAGCACGAAGCUCAAUGCCCCUUCUGCUGCCCGCCCGGCCAGCACACUUACCUUCACCGAUAGGCCAACGACCUCAAGAAUACCCAGGCCUCAGUCUGUAACCACACGUACCAGGCUCACACCCGUCUAUGAAAGUGGUGCCCCGACACAGGCUGCCAGUAGACCCAUGCCCACAACCACUAGCGCACAAUUACUGCGAUCGAAGCGAUCAGCCCCUGCCCUUCGCAACAACAACCUCACCCAAGGAGCUCCACGCAUGCCCUUCCUGCCUGGUGGAGGCAAUGCGACGAAUCAGUCGCAUCAUGUCAUAGCCCGUAGCUCCCAAGGUCAUCUUCGCCGCGACUCUGAUCCUCGUCGACCCCAGUCCCCCUCGAUGCGCUCGUACUCUCGUCUCUCUGGCCAUCAAGGCGAGACGCCCAGCCGCGCAGGCAUGAGACGUGAUCUGGCCCCUUCUGCUCUUGCCCGUCAUCCUCCGCCCAAGAAGUUGACCCAGCCCCAGCGCAAGCGCAACUUUGGAGAUGGUCAUGAGCUCGACGCCUUCGACGAUCUUCCCACGUCUGCCUCCAAGGAGAAGGCAUUCGAGAAGGUGCCUCGCAAUGUGGCUAGCAACAAGAGCCUGCGACAGCAGAACAGCAACUCGCGUCUGCCCAUGCCAGAUCGCAUGACGACGCCACAGCCAUAUACACCAAUGUCCCCACCCCGACCUGACCACACCCCACGAUUCGCUCGCGACACGGCAGCUAGUAGGAAUGCACGUGAACAGCGACUGAGCGAGCAGCGAGCAGCAGGCACCAGGUCGAGGGUGGAUGGUGGGGCUACUGCGAGACCCAUUAGUUGGCAAGCUCAUGUUGCUGCUCGCAGCCCACAUAGUAGUCCGACUGCGCAUCGCAAAAAAGGAUCCGGCCAGAAGCCACAACUGAUCCGGCAGAUGACACAGCCUUUCACGCAUACUGAGAAAGGCAUGGUCUAUAACCCGACGACACAACGUUGGGAAGGUAACGAUGAGGCUCUUAUUUCUUUCUCACACCCCAAUACUUCUACCACCACUCUUGCCUUGACGACCGCCAGCACUCCCACUUUUGCUCCCCCAGGCUAUCCCGUGAAUCGGUCCCACGACCGCUCACAGUCCAUUUCGCACAUUGCGCUGUCUUCCAUUCAUGCAGCACAAAAGAGCUUUUCUGCGAGAGUUGCCAAGAUGGCGCCACCACCGCCUCCCGCUCCCGCGCCUUCACCUCCUCGGCCUGCCCUUAUCUCUCAAAUCUCUGUACCACGCGGCGUGCAGUAUGAAGGCCGCAUGGUGUUUGAUCCUGUCAAGAUGACUUGGCUGAAAGCACCCCGACCGACCAACGAUCCACGCUCGCCGUCAGAAGUGGAUGAGGAUGAAGACCCUUUUGCGGGCCUGGACGACCUCAAAGACAAUGAAAGUGUCGCCGGGGGUCACGCUGCAGGGGGCACCGGUACCCCCAAUCCAGAGGAAGUGGGCGAGGAGUUCGACGUUGGUCCAGGUUUCAUUCGCAGACAGCGGGAAGAAGAGAACACCUGGAGACGACGGGUCGAUGGUUGGGUGGGCUUUGAGCGCGACACGGGCGAGCGAAAGGGUGGCUGGCGAUGGACGAUUCGCCACUUUGCGGCGGGCGCUUUGAUUGGCACUCCAGGCUACUAA